AUGGGGGAUACGGAGGAGCUGGCAACGGAAUACACCCGGGUUAGCAACACCCAGUACGGCACCGGGCUGUUUCUCCUCGAAAGACUUAAUGUUGUCCCAGGCAUGAGGGUUCUCGAUGUCGGGUGCGGACCUGGAAAUCUCACAGCUCAUAUAGCGCAGAUUGUCGGGGAGAACGGCAGCGUUGUGGGCAUUGAUCCUAGCACGGAACGCAUUUCGAUUGCACAGAAGAUCCAGAAGUCAAAUCUAUCAUUCUUCGAAGGCCAAGCCGAAGAUCUAUCGCAGUUUCCUACGGAGAGUUUUGAUGCAGUCUAUGUGAACUCGACACUGCAUUGGGUACAAGACCAGCCUGCAGCAUUGAAGGAAUUUGGUCGUCUGCUCAGACCAGGAGGACUGCUUGGAAUCUCAGGCGGAUCAGGCGAUACGCUCAGCGCACAAGAGAAGAUCAAAGCCGAGGUGCUGUCCAGAGAACCAUACCGAAAGUAUCCAGAAGAGAGCCCACCCAAGUUUCUCAAGCAGCGCGAGCUUGAAAAACUUUUGGACGAUGCCGGGUUCCCAGAGAGAAGUAUUGUCGUCAACAAGAUCACAAAGUCAACCAAGGAUGCCGAUGAAAUGAUUGACUGGUUGGAUGCAAGCUCAUCCGGAAAGACGUAUGGUGGUAUUCCUCUGGAGCUUCGGCCACGUGCGAGGGAGGAAAUGAAGACGGAAUGGAACAAACUUCUCGUGGAAGAUGGAAUCCACAUGGAUAUCGAUCUCUUGGUCACUGUGGCAGUUAAAGCCUAA